AUGGCGGUUGCUUGUCUCGUGGAUUUGAGGCGGCCUCCGUAUUCUGCUGUGGCUGAAACGUAUCACACGGUCGCCCGCGCUGCUUUAUCGGAAAUUUCCGUCAUGGAAGAUACGAAUGUUGAGACUGUUCUUGCGCUCUUCUACGAAAUCUGGUAUCUUCUUGUCUUCUCUGACAAAAAGAAAGCUGCGGGUUAUGCAUGGGGAUUAAUGGGACUUACGGCAAAGUUAGCCCAAAUGAUGUACAUAGAUCGGAAUACCCCAUCAAUGAAGCUUCAACCUGAAGAGGUUGAACGACGUCGUUGUCUGUUCUGGGAACUGAUGUAUCUCGACGCCCGACUAUCUUUGUCCCUUGGCAGGCCGCCGUCGCUGUCAUUAGCCCACAUGGAUUGUCCACGCCCGGUAUAUACCCCGGACCCCAGCGCCCCUCCUGCGGAGGGACUUCAUCAUUUCCAGGAGUGGAAACAUUCAUGCUAUGUUCAUUGUUUGGCACCCGUCCUUGAACUCAUAUCUCAACCUAAUUGGGAGUACACGAAAGUCCUCGAACUGGACGCGAAGAUCCGAGACUUUUCCGUCCCAACAGCUUUACGUGCUAGAAACCCUCAACAUCGGUCAUUUUUGAUGCAAAAGGCAUCUCUGACAACCGCUAUUGAAACCGUCCUUUUACAGCUUCAUCGAAGCUAUUUCACUCGGGUCGUCAGCGGGGCAGAAGGAAUUGUUAACCGCCACCACCGAUACAUUCCAUCAUGUGUAGCCGUGUUCCUCAGUGCCUCUCGUAUGAUCGCAACUAUCCAGGACCUAUACGACCGUGAACCGGAACUGACGUCGCGUAUUUUGGGAUACUGGUCCAAUACUUUCUCUGCUGCAGUGGCCCUUUGUUUACUCGUUUCUCGGGCCCCAGCUGCGUGUCUCGUUCCCACAUCCUUGCAGGAGCUGGAACGUGCUCGCUCCCUGUUCAACUCAGCAAAGGAACAGUGCCCCAGGGCCAUGGAAAUUACUCCUAUCCUUGAGACGCUAAUCGAUAAAGCCAAGCACAUCUAUUCUCGCUGGACGACUGCUCAGAAUGUGCCUACUGUCUAUUACGAUGAAGAGGAUGACGAUCCUGACUUCGAUCUUUCGGAGGAGGAACUGGUUGAAUUGAUGUCGACCCAAGGUCCGUUCGCUUCGGCACACUCUAGCCUUGUUCAGUGCCAGAUCGAAGUAAUUGAGCGUGGGAGAUGCCGCACGAACUUCCAGGCCAGUUACCGCGAUGUUUCGUCUCUGUUUUCGACUUCGUUGUCUCCUCCGCCGGUGCAUGUGAUUUCCCCUGUGCUGCCCCAUUCGAGCCCGCGUGCUCCCAAUGUCAGUGACCCUGUUGCCCUGCGUACCUCUGCGAAGUCUAUUGGAGUGGAUACAAUGAGUAUAGAGAUGAGUGCAAUGAAUUUGGGUGCCGACAGCGUUAUGGCGUGGUUCUGA